AUGGUUCGUUGUUCAAUUAAACGUUUAAUUAAAACAAUAAUUAUUCUUGUAAUUCUAAUAGUAAUAUUUAAAAAUUUACUUUCAUAUUCUCAUCAAUCUAACGUAAAUAAAUUCGAAUUCAAACAAAAAUCUUCAAUUAUUUUUAUUGUUUCAUCAUACCGUUCGAAAACUAUUCAACGUUUAUUUUUAUUUUUAAAUGAACUCCAUUUAUCGUAUAUUGAAUAUAAAACGAUUGAUGAAAAAUUCUAUAAUGAUUUAACAACUCAUAUUCCAUCAAUGAUUAUUCUUGAUCGUAUACCAAAUAGUAAUUCUUAUAAUUUUAUAAAUCAAUAUCAAAUUAGUUUAUUAAUAUUAUUAAAUAAUCAAUGUCACAAUUGUAUAUCAAUAAAAUAUUCUCAAAUGUUAUUUGAAAAUAUUAGUUAUCCAACAAUUGAUUUCAAUCGAGAAGAAUUAAAACCCAUUAUUCAUACAAUACAAAGUCCAUUUAAAAUUAAACAAUCAAAUAAAAUUAUUAGAUUAUUACGUUUUGAGAAAAUUUUACCAUAUUUUUUUCAUUUUCAUGGACUUCAUGAUCAAUGUGUUAGUCUUCCAAUCGAUAAAGAUAACUUAAUAAAUACAAUAAUCUAUGUAGAAAAUAAAAUAACAUUUGAAAAAAUUAAUUUAAUGAUUAUAUCAAAAGAAAAACAAAUUUAUUUAUCUGAAUGUCUUUAUCAUCAUUGGUUUAUUUGGCCAUUAAUGAUGGAUAUAUUUAGAUAUUUAACUUCGAAUGUAUAUGAUUAUUAUGGAUUGAAUCGAUAUAUUCAAAUUGAUAUUGAUGAUAUAUUUUUAGGAAGUAAAUCUCAGGAUCGUUUAAAAUCAGAUGAUAUUCAAGCAUUAAUUCGUUCACAAUUGUUUAUUCAAAAUUAUGUAUCAAAUUUUCGUUAUCGACUUGGAUUUUCUGGUUAUUAUUAUGAUUUAGGGAAUGAUGAAGAUAACCAAGGUGAUCGUUUAUUGAUUAAAGAAAAAGAUAAAUUUAUUUGGUUUCAUCACACAUGGAAACAUGAAAAAUUAACAAAUGUUUAUGAUAAAAUUUCAUUGAUUAGUUCAACAAAAAUGAAUAUAGAUUUUGCACAAAAAUACAACUUACCGUUAGAUCCGAACUAUGCCGUAGCACCUCAUCAUACAGGUAUCUAUCCAAUCAAUCCCAUACUUUAUGAUAUCUGGCAUCGUAUUAUCAAUUUCAACGUAACAAGUACACUAAAUUAUCCAUAUCAUUAUAUGUCUCCAUCAAAUCGUCGUGGUUUCAUUUAUAAAGGUCUCUCUGUACUACCACGACAAUCAUGUAGUUUAUAUACAACAACACGAAAUUAUACGAAUUAUCCAAAUGGUAGUCAUCGCUUAGAACAAUAUUUAAUGGGUGGUAAAUUAUUUCGAAUAAUUUUAACAAAUCCAAUUUCAAUAUUUAUGUCACAUAAUAUUAAUUAUGGUCAUGAUCGUUUGGGUAAUUAUGUAUUUUCUAAACUUAUUUAUUUAAUAUCAAAAUGGACAAGAAUUAAAUUUUCUAAUGAUUUGUCAACAUCUGAAUUAGCUCGAAAAUAUUUUUAUGAUUUUUAUCCAGAUGAACAAUUGCCAAUAUUCACAAAUCCAUGCCAUGAUCAAAUGUUGAUGAAUCUUUGGAAUGGAAAUCGUUCACUAUGUCGAAUAUUUCCACAAUUUUUGAUUGUUGGUCCACAAAAAACAGGUACUACGGCGUUAUAUAGUAUGCUUUCUCAACAUCCAGAUUUACAUCCAUCAAAAAGAAAUUUCAUAACUUAUGAAGAAUUGCAAUUUUUUAGUAAUGAUACAACCUAUUUAAACGGUAUUAAUUGGUAUUUAAAUCAAUUUGAUUCGGAUAGCAUUGAUUCUAAAUGGUCAAUGAAUUUUGAAAAAUCAGCAACUUAUUUUGAUUCUAUGUUAGCUAUGAAACGUAUUAAAGCAUUGCUACCGAAUAUUCGUUUGAUAAUGAUGCUUACAGAACCUGGUACUCGUGCUUAUUCACGAUAUCAACAUGAAAUUGCUCGAACUAAUCAAACAAUUAAUUUUGAUAAUUUAUUACAAUUAAAUGACAGUCAUAAUUCAAAUCAAUUUCAUUUAAAAGAACGUUGUCUUCAACCUGGUCAUUAUGCUGAACAUAUUCGUCAAUGGUUAAACUAUUUUCCAUCAAAACAAAUUUAUAUCAUUGAUGGUGAUGCAUUUCGUUAUGAUCCUCGUACAAUUCUUAAUGAUAUUCAAAUAGCAUUUCUACAAUUAAAAAAUCCAAUAAAUUCAUCAAAACUAGUCAAAUUUAAUACGAAAAAAGGUUUUUUUUGUCCAAUAUCAAAGAAAAAUCAUUUUCAUUGUCUUGGAAAUAGUAAAGGACGUCAAUAUGAAAAAAUGUCGUCUUAUGCACGUGAAUAUUUAAAUAAUUAUUAUUUAUUACAUAAUCAAAAAUUAAUAAAACUUCUUAGAAAUAAUAAUUAUUCAUUACCAUCAUGGUUAACAUUUUUUAAUCGAAUACAAUUAACAAAAAGAUGUUUUUCUUUAUCAAAUAUUUGUCAUACUGCUGAAGGACGAAUGGGUUAUCCUAAUGAAAGAUAUGAGCCAACGACAAUAGCAGCAUUAGAUAAAGAAAAUAAAAAUUUACCAUUAAUAACUGGUUUAUAUGAAGAUGGCUUUAUGAUUGCUGGACAAGAUAGAAUUGUUGGAGCAAUUUUUUCCUUUCCUAGACAAAUUAUUUGUUGGAAUGUUUAUUCACCAGAACAAAUAACACCUGAAUCUUUAGCUUUACUAGAAGUAGUGCAACCUCGUCCAGAAAUUUUUGUUUUGGGUAUUGGUUCACGUACAAAUAAAAUUCCUCCUGAAACCAUUCAAUUUAUACGUUCAUUAAAAAUUGGUUUUGAAAUAUUACCAACAACACAAGCAUGUGAAACAUUUAAUUUUCUAUUAACUGAUAAUCGUCUUGUUUAUGCUGGAUUUUUUCCUCAAAAGGAUCUUACUGAUCAAAAUUAUGGUUUAAGAAAAGCUAUUGCACAUAGUCAAUUGUAUGAAAAAGAUGAAGAAUAUAUUAAAAAAGAUUUGCUAAAAGAUACAUAUGAUGUUAUGCUAAAAGCUCAUCGAGAACGAAAAUUAUUACGUCCAUAUUCUCCACUUAGUAGACGAGAAUCUUCAGUAAAACAAGAUGAUGAUACUAAUGUGCAAUCAUUAACUGGUACAAGUAACAUGGAAAAAAGACCUUCAAUUAAAAACCGAGAUCAACCAGAAACAAAUAAACAAAGCUAA